GCAAUCGAAACGGCCGAAUAACAACACAUUUUAUUUCGGCCUAUUCUUCGAGCAAAUUGUUGAUUCUUUACUUUUAAAUGCAAAACUAGUACGUUGGAAAGGUAACGUUGAUUCAAGGCAAUCAUGGCUGAAAUUCAGCCAAGCCCCCGGGCUAACGGAGGGAGUAAAGGAAAGGGAACCAAUGAUCCGAUACGUUUCCUGCCUGUGCUGCCUUCCAAACGCUCUAAACCUGCAUGGGAACAAAAUCCACCCUCGUUUGUCCUGUCUGGCAAAGUCCCUGAAGAUGAUGGAAAAGACCACAUUGACCUGAUCGGUGAACUCACAGCACGUGACCAAAAGCGUCGCAAGCCCAACCCUAAACUGAAGCCCAUAGAGAAACAGAAUGGUGCCGAUGUUUCACAGUUCCAGCAGCCAAAGAAGGACAGAGAAAACUUCCGCAAGGCCCUCGUUGACAUCAUUAUGCAAGAGGAGGGUCUGCCACACAGUUCCACGGCCUCCAUCAACAACGGAGAGCUUCAACCCUUGUCUCGAACCGGAUCACCGACAUCUGCAGAGAAAGAUAUUCUGCGCUACUACUACUACAUUCACCAUGGUAUUGACACAGAGCACGUCGCACCCAUGGAAGACUCAUGGCUCGAGAAUGUACUCAGCCUCAUCUCUGAGGAGCUCAAGGACGGACACUUGGACACGAUCGACAAUCUCUCAGACGAGAUGAGGGAGGACUACCUCCUUAGCGUGAAGAAAGCCAUUGUGGACUUUGUGCUAAAGGACCCUCGUGAGCGGGAAGAUGACAAGACAGUGAAACUACUGCCACAUCGUGAGGAGCUGGAGGUGGUUCCAAAGCCUUGGAAUCGCUCCUACCUUGGGGCACUUGACGUGGUAUCGGUCAACCUUCAUGUGACCAACCCCUGUAUGCUUCAGGUGCUAGACCUCUGGCACGCCUCUUUUGGGAGUCUGCGGUUUAUCGACAUAGAGGAGUUCCACAAUAGGCAGGACUCCAUGGAGCUAGGGGGAUUCCAGAACCUCUGUAUGAGACACAUCGAGGCCGCCAAGGAAAAACUCCUCAAAAAAUGGUUCCCAGAGGUACAGAACAUCUUCUACAUGGGCAACAAGCGCAAGCAGGUUCCCAGCAACCAAGACCAGGAGAAACUUGAGUCAUUCUUCAACUGUGCAGCCACCCUGAUGACAGAAAACCUCCAGCAGCUGUCACUGCUCUCCCUGGGUGACUACCAGGAUCUACUAGUACAACCAGCGAAAUCCACAAGAGCGUAUGAACACCCUGGGUUCAUUAUGCGCCUGAUCCUGGAUAACACACAGAUCAAGUUUGAGCCCACGUUCAAGGACUUUGAGGUGGUGCUUCUCAACGUAUUUGACGUGAUGAUCAAGGCCUCGCAGGUCGUGCCACGUGUGGAGACUAAACUGUACUCCGAAUGGAGUGGGGACAAGUCAAAGGCGACGCUGAAGCCCGUGAUCUUGGAGGACAUUUUGGAAGCUCACAAGGAGCAGGUUCGCGAACUGAUCAAGCGCGAGAGUGUGGGACCCGUAGAACACUGCAAGAUAUAUGACAAGUACAACUUCCUCAUCACAAAACAGGCAGAGACAGAUGUGGAACAGUUCCUGAAAGAGACGCACACAUUUGACGAGUACAAGAAGGAGGUGGAGAAAUAUCACAGGCUCGUGGAGGAGAUCACGUACAACUCCAUCAAGCGAGGGAAUGGCAAGGUCCUGAGACUAGGCAUGUUUGAGAUUCACUGUGAUGACCUGAUCCGGGCUCUGUCCAAGCGAUCGGACACCCUGUGUACAAAACUUCUCGGCAGAAUGGCAAAAGACCACCAAGAGGAGAACAAGGCGUUGUGUGACGAUUAUGAGCAGAUUGCAGAGAAGGCCCUGACAACACCCUCAAACACUGAGGCCCUGAUGGAGCUCAAAGAGUACAUUGAGAAGGUCGAAUCUGAUAUCAUCUUCACCAUGGAGAAGAGACUCUAUGGUUCACAAGAGAGGCUCUCGUUUCUCUCAGAUUUUGCCCAGUUCUCCCCCGCGGAGAUUCGCCUGAACGCAAAUGUCUUCAUGUGGCAUGGUCGUAUGCCAGCCAUCUUUGAGGAACACAAGUUGAUCAUCUCAGAGAAGAGGUCCCAGUAUGAGGAUAAUCUUAAGUUGCGACGUGAGCGGUUUAUUGAGGAGAUGGAGAGCUUCACAAAGCAGUUAGAUGAGUUCACAUCAUAUGGCGACAUGUCAGAGAUACAGAAAUACCUGCGCAAGGCACAGGCUCUCAACAACAAGCUAGAUCAGGCUGCAGAAAAGGUUGAAGCCUUCAACAAUGAGGAGGAGGCGUUUGGUUGGCAGACGACGGCCUACCCCCAGCGCCAGACCAUCAUGAACACCCUGAAACCUUACCUAAACCUGUAUGAGACAACUGUGGAAUUCAACAACAAAUACAAGGACUGGAUGGAGGGUCCCAUGACGGGUGUGGAUCCCGAUGAUGUGGAACAGGAAGUGGGCAACUUUUGGCGUGGCCUCUACAAGCUGGAGAAGGCAUUUGAUACUGUCCCUGCAGCCAAGAAGAUUGCUGGCAAGGUGAAGACAAAGGUGGAAGAGUUCCGGGAGCACAUGCCCCUCAUCUCAACCCUGUUCAACCCAGGCCUGCGUGAACGCCAUUGGGAGCAGAUAUCCGAGAUCGUCGGCUACACUCUCAAGCCUGACGACAGCUACUGCCUCUCCCGCUUUGUGGACAUGAACCUCGACCAGUUCAUCCAGAGAUUUGAGUCGAUCAGUGAGGCAGCCAGUAAGGAAUACUCCCUUGAGAAAGCUAUGGAUAAGAUGCAGACUGAAUGGGCUCCAAUUGAGUUCACCAUCAUCCCUUAUCGUGACACCGGCACCUCCAUCCUCUCCUCUGUGGAUGACAUUCAGCUGAUACUUGACGAUCACAUUGUCAAGACACAGACUAUGAGGGGAUCGCCCUUCAUCAAACCCUUUGAGAAUGAGAUCAAGGAGUGGGAAGGCAAACUGAUGCUCCUCCAGGAUGUGCUUGAUGAAUGGUUGAAGGUUCAAGCGACAUGGCUGUACCUGGAACCCAUUUUCUCCUCACCUGACAUCAUGGCUCAGAUGCCGGAGGAGGGGCGACGCUUCACCACCGUCGAUAAGAACUGGCGUGACAUCAUGAAGGCUUCUAUCCUCGACAAGCGUGUGCUCGAGGUGAUCAAGAUUGACAAGCUCCUGGAGAGAUUGAAGAAAUCCAAUGAGUUGCUGGAGCUUAUCCAGAAGGGUCUGAAUGACUACCUUGAGAAGAAGCGUCUGUACUUCCCGCGAUUCUUCUUCCUCUCCAACGAUGAGUUGCUGGAGAUCUUGUCUGAGACCAAGGACCCGAAGCGCGUCCAGCCUCACUUGAAGAAGUGCUUUGAAGGUAUCGCAAAGCUGGAGUUUACAGACGUACUGGACAUCACACACAUGUGUAGUUCGGAGGGUGAGGUGGUGCUGCUGAACGACGUGAUCUCGACGUCAAAGGCCCGUGGACAGGUGGAGAAAUGGCUUCUGGAACUUGAGAGUGACAUGGUCUCCUCACUGCAUAAGGUGACAGGAGAAUCCCUAGAAGCAUACAAGAAACAGGAACGAGGCCAGUGGGUGAAACAGUGGCCCGGCCAGUGUGUACUGGCUGUGACAGCCACAUACUGGACAGAGUAUAUCCACCUGGCUAUCCGCAAGAGAGGCACAGCACUACAGGAGUACCUCGAUGUGAACAAUAAACAGAUUGAUGAAAUUGUAGCCAUGGUCCGGGGCAAGCUGUCCAAGCAGAACCGUACCACCCUCCAGGCGUUGAUUGUGCUGGACGUCCAUGCACGUGACGUCCUGGCAGACCUGGUCAAGCGUGACACCUCAAGCGAGUUUGACUUUGACUGGCUUUCACAGCUCAGAUACUACUGGGAGGACAACCAGAUGAUCACACGUAUGAUCAACGCCAUGCUAAAAUAUGGCUAUGAGUACCUCGGUAAUACUGGACGUCUCGUUAUUACACCCCUCACUGACAGAUGUUACAGAACCCUGUUUGGAGCCCUGCAGCUCCAUCUGGGAGGAGCCCCCGAGGGUCCUGCCGGUACAGGGAAGACCGAAACCACCAAGGAUCUCGCCAAGGCCGUCGCCAAACAGUGCGUCGUCUUCAAUUGCUCUGAUGGUCUGGACUUCAUCGCUCUUGGGAAGUUCUUCAAGGGUUUGGCGUCAUGUGGAGCGUGGUCGUGUUUUGAUGAGUUUAACCGCAUCGACCUGGAAGUGUUGUCUGUGGUGGCCCAGCAGAUCCUGACCAUUCAGAGAGGUAUCAACAGUGGAGCAGACAGCAUGAUGUUUGAAGGUUCGGAGAUCAGGCUGGAUCCGACCUGUUCAGUGUUUAUCACAAUGAACCCUGGCUACGCUGGCCGCUCUGAGCUGCCCGAUAACCUCAAGGCUUUGUUCCGUACGGUGGCUAUGAUGGUGCCCGACUAUGCCCUGAUUGCUGAGAUCUCUCUCUACUCCUGCGGGUUUGUGUCUGCCCGACCCUUGUCUGUGAAGAUUGUGGCCGUGUACAGACUGUGCUCGGAACAGCUCUCCUCCCAGCACCAUUACGACUACGGCAUGAGGGCCGUCAAGUCUGUGCUCACUGCCGCUGGUAACCUCAAGCUGAAAUACCCGGAAGAAGAUGAGAACAUCCUGAUGUUGCGUUCCAUCAUUGACGUGAACCUGCCAAAGUUCUUGUCCCACGAUCUGCCCCUAUUCCACGGCAUCACGUCAGAUCUCUUCCCCGGGGUGAAACUUCCUGAGCCUGACUACGAGAUUCUUAACGAGCAUGUGCGAGACAACUGUGUCAAGAUGAACUUGCAAUGUGUAGAAUUUUUCCUGGAAAAGAUUCAACAGAUCUAUGAGAUGAUGAUUGUACGCCACGGUUUCAUGAUUGUUGGUGAGCCAUUUGGAGGCAAGACUUCAGCGUACAGGGUGUUGGCCCAUGCCCUCGCAGACAUUCAUGAGAAGGGCCUGAUGGAAGAGAAUAAAGUCCAGAUUACAGUUAUCAACCCCAAGGCCAUCACCAUGGGUCAGCUGUAUGGUUGCUUUGACCCGGUUUCCCACGAGUGGUCUGACGGUGUGCUGGCUGUGUCCUACAGAGCUUUUGCCUCAUCUACAACCCCAGACAGGAAGUGGCUGAUAUUUGACGGGCCAGUCGAUGCCAUCUGGAUUGAGAACAUGAACACUGUGCUUGAUGAUAACAAGAAACUCUGUCUUAUGAGUGGUGAGAUUAUCCAGCUUGCCCCAACCACCAACCUUAUGUUUGAGCCCAUGGACCUGGAGGUUGCCUCCCCUGCCACGGUAUCCCGCUGUGGUAUGAUCUACAUGGAACCUUCCUCGCUCGGCUGGCGACCACUCGUUAAGUCAUGGCUGAAUGAGAUGCCCACAUCCAUCACAGAAAUGUACAAGAGCACCAUUAAUGACCUCUUUGAGCGCUUUGUUGAUGCGUGCAUCCAGCUUGUGCGCAAAGGUGGAGUGAAGGAACAAGCACCGACGUCAGACACCCAGCUGGUUAAGGGUGUUAUGAAUCUGAUGGAUGUUCAGAUGGACGAGUUUAAGGACGAGGCCAAGGUUUCCCAGAUGGAGGAACGUGAGAUUAUGACCUGGCUGGAGAGCAUUUUCUUCUUUGCCCUAACCUGGUCUGUAGGAGGAUCCUGCACGGAUGAUGGCAGAGUCAAGUUUGACAAACUUAUCAAGGAACUAAUGUCUGGUGGUAUGACUGAGGACACCCGUCUGAAGCUGAGCCUGCCCGAGUUGGUGGAGCCACCCAUGAAGCCCUACAUGAACCCAUUCCCACCCAAGGGACGUGUGUAUGACUACAAGUUUAUCAAGGAGGCAAAAGUGGGAAUGCUGUCGACACUGGGAGGUGCUGGCAAGUGGGUACAAUGGACCGAAGAACUCAAAGACAAUCCCCCAAUUCCCAAGGACGCCAUGUUUAACGAGAUCAUCGUGCCGACGCAGGACACAGUGCGAUACACAUACAUCAUGAACCUCCUGGUGCAGCACCAGAAGUCGGCCAUGUUUGUCGGACCCACCGGAACUGGCAAGAGCGUGUACAUCACUGACUUCCUGUUGAACAAGCUUGACAAGGAGAAGUUCAAGCCCAACAUUAUCAACUUCUCUGCCCAGACCUCGGCCAACCAGACACAGAAUAUCAUCAUGUCCAAGUUGGACAAACGCAGGAAGGGCGUGUUUGGGCCACCUCUGGGCAAGAGGGCUAUUGUGUUUGUGGAUGAUCUGAACAUGCCCCAGCUGGAGCAGUUUGGUGCCCAGCCCCCAAUAGAGUUGUUGAGACAAUGGCAGGAUCACUGGACAUGGUAUGACCUGAAGGAUGUGGUUCCCCUCAAACUGAUAGACAUACAGCUGAUUGCAGGCAUGGGCCCACCAGGUGGUGGUCGUAACCCAAUCACACCCAGAUUUAUGCGCCACUUUAACUUGGUCACCAUCAAUGAGUUUGACGAUGACGCCAUGAUCACAAUUUUCCGUAAGAUCAUGGAAUGGCACAUCUCCUCCAGAGGCUUCAGUAACGAGUUCAAGCCUUGCAUCGACCAGAUCGUGCAGGGAACUCUGUAUGUGUAUAAGGAAGCCAUGCAGCAACUCUUGCCCACCCCGGCAAAGUCUCACUACCUAUUUAACACCCGUGAUUUUGGACGUGUGAUUCAGGGCGUACUCCUGUCCACCCCAGAGACAAUGGAGGAACCCGCGUCCAUGAAGAGACUCUGGGUCCAUGAGGUAUUCCGAGUGUACUAUGAUCGUCUGGUUGACGACAAAGACCGUGAUUGGCUGUUCUCCUUCACACGCGAGACAUGUAAAGAAAAACUCCGCGAGGACUUUGAUCAGCUCUUCAUCCACCUUGACUUUGACAAUGAUGGCAAGGUCACAGAAGAUGACCUCCGUAGUUUGGUAUACUGUGACUUUGCGGACCCGAAGUCUGACUCCAAACAUUAUGUGGAGGUGCGUGACCUAGAACAGCUGAGACAUGUUGUGGAAGGAUACCUGGACGAGUUUAACAACAUGAGCAAGAAACCAAUGAACCUUGUACUCUUCAGGUUUGCUAUUGAGCAUGUAUCCCGUAUUGCUCGUAUCGUCAAGCAGCCCCGCAGUCACGCCCUGCUUGUGGGAGUUGGAGGGUCAGGGAGACAGUCACUGACACGUCUAGCCGCGCACAUGGCAGACUAUGACCUCUUCCAGGUUGAGAUCUCCAAGUCAUACACCUCUGUGGAGUGGAGGGAGGACUUGAAAAGGAUCCUGAGAAAGGCCACGGAGACUGACAACCAUGGUGUCUUCCUCUUCUCGGACACACAGAUCAAACAAGAGUCAUUCCUUGAAGACAUUAACAAUCUACUGAAUGCCGGUGAAGUGCCCAGCCUUUAUCCACUUGAUGAGAAGCAGGAGAUCUGUGAGAAGAUGAGGCAGCUUGACAGGCAACGUGAAAAAACAAAGCAGACAGAUGGUACCCCCGUUUCCCUGUUUAACAUGUUCAUCCAGCGUGUGAGGGAUCAGCUACACAUUGUAUUAGCCAUGUCCCCUAUCGGAGAGGCAUUCAGGAACAGACUGAGGAAGUUCCCCUCCCUUGUCAACUGUUGUACCAUUGAUUGGUUCCAGUCCUGGCCAGAGGACGCCCUACAAGCCGUGGCGUCACGUUUCCUAGAGGAGGUUGAAAUGGAAGAUGAUGAGCGAUACGGAUGCAUUGAGAUGUGCAAGUCCUUCCACACAUCUACACGGGAGCUAUCUGAGCGCUACCUCCUCGAGCUGGAGAGACACAACUAUGUGACACCAACAUCGUACCUUGAGCUUAUCAAUACAUUCAAGUCAUUGCUUGAUGUUAAGAGAGGAGAGGUUAUGAAGCAGAAGAAGAGAUACGAGGUUGGUCUGGACAAACUGGCCAAUGCAGGAGGGCAGGUGGCUGAUAUGCAGAAAGAGCUGAUAGCACUUCAACCACAGCUCAUACAGGCUAGUAAAGACGUGGACGAAAUCAUGGUGGUCAUUGAGAAAGACUCCAUUGAGGUCGCUAAAGUAGAGAAGGUUGUGAAAGCUGAUGAGGCUGUGGCCAAUGAGCAAGCCCGUGCAGCCAAGGCCAUCAAGGACGAAUGUGAUGCUGACCUGUCCGAGGCCAUCCCAGCUCUAAACUCUGCUCUGGAGGCCCUGAAUACACUCACUCCACAGGAUAUCACCAUUGUCAAAUCCAUGCAGAAACCUCCUGGCGUUAUCAGGCUGGUGUUAGAGGCUGUGUGUGUGAUCAAGGGCAUCAAGCCCGACCGUGUCCCAGACCCUAGUGGCUCAGGCAAGAAGAUUGAAGACUACUGGGGACCUUCCAAGAAGAUGCUUGGUGACAUGAAGUUCCUAGAUUCCCUUGUAACAUUUGACAAGGACAACAUUCAAGCUGCGUAUAUGAAGCAAAUCCGCAGCAAGUACAUUACAAACCCAGACUUUGAGCCAGACAAGGUACGAGUGGCCUCGCGUGCCUGUGAAGGCCUGUGUCGAUGGAUCCGAGCCAUGGACACUUACGACAGGGUAGCUAAGGUUGUUGCUCCUAAGAAAGAAGAUUUAAAGAGAGCUCAGGCAGAACUGUCCGAGGCUAUGAAAACCCUAGAGAAGAAACGUGCCUCUCUAAAGGAAGUGCAAGAUAAACUGAACAAGCUCACUGAGAAACUAGAGUUUAACAAGCAGAAGAAAGUGGACCUUGAGAACCAAGUGGACCUGUGUACAAAGAAAUUGGCAAGAGCUGAACAGCUGAUUGGUGGACUUGGUGGUGAGAAAGACAGAUGGGGAGUUGCAGCAAAGCUGCUGGGAGCGAAGUACACAAACUGUACGGGAGACGUGCUCGUGUCCUCGGGUAUUGUGGCAUACCUUGGCUGCUUUACCUCUGCAUUCAGAUUUGACCAGAUUGAGGCGUGGAUCAAGACUGUAAAGGAGCGUGGAAUCCCUUGCUCUAGUGACUUCUCUCUGAUCAUGACACUCGGAGACCAAGUUAAGAUUCGUGCCUGGAACAUCGCUGGCCUGCCCACUGACUCUUUCUCCAUUGACAACGGCAUCAUGUUGACAAAUUCUCGCCGAUGGCCGUUAAUGAUUGAUCCUCAGGGUCAGGCUAACAAGUGGGUAAAGAACAUGGAAAAGGCAAACAACCUGCAUGUGAUUAAACUGACAAACCCAGACUUUGUGAGGACACUGGAGAACUGCAUACAGUUUGGUACACCUGUGCUACUGGAGAAUGUUGGUGAAGAGUUGGAUCCCAUGCUGGAACCCCUGCUGCUCAAGCAGACAUUCAAACAAGGCGGUUCCCUUUGUAUUCGGCUGGGAGACAGUACCAUUGAGUAUUCACAGGACUUCAAAUUCUACAUCACAACCAAGCUCCGUAACCCCCACUACCUGCCAGAGACAUCCGUCAAGGUGACAUUGCUGAACUUUAUGAUCACACCAGAAGGUCUGGAGGAUCAGUUGCUGGGUAUUGUGGUCGCCCGGGAACGCCCUGAGUUGGAGGAAGAGAAGAACGCCCUCAUUCUGCAGAGUGCGGAUAACAAGAAACAGUUGAAGGAGAUUGAGGACAAGAUUCUCGAGGUGCUGUCUUCAUCCGAGGGCAACAUUCUGGAAGAUGAGACGGCUAUCAAAGUCCUGUCCUCUUCCAAAGUCCUCGCAAACGAGAUCUCUGAGAAACAGGCAAUUGCUGAGGAGACAGAAAAGAAGAUCGACACAGCGCGUAUGGGAUACAAGCCAAUUGCCAUCCACUCCACAAUUCUUUUCUUCUCUAUCGCUGACCUGGCGAACAUCGAGCCCAUGUACCAGUACUCCCUCAUGUGGUUUAUUAACCUAUUCUGUCUGUCCAUUGAGAAUGCAGAGAAGUCGGAGGACCUGACAAAGAGACUGGACAAUCUGUACCAUCACUUCACAUACUCACUGUACUGUAAUGUGUGCAGAUCACUCUUUGAGAAAGACAAGCUGUUGUUCUCCUUCCUGCUCUGCGUGAACAUCCUGAAACACAACAAGGAGGUGAACGAGGAAGAGUGGCGGUUCUUGCUCACAGGCGGCAUUGGGCUUGACAACCCGCAUCCAAACCCGACCACCUGGCUCCCCAACCAGUCCUGGGACGAGAUCUGUCGUUUAGACGACUUGCCAAACUUUAAAGGCAUGCGCACUAAGUUUGGGGCCAACAAGGAUGGCUGGAAGGAGCUCUAUGACAGUUCGGAGCCCCACCAAAUGGUUAUGCCUGGUGAAUGGAACGACAGACUUGGUAGCUUCCAAAGACUGUUAGUACUGAGAUGUAUCCGACCUGAUAAGGUGGUACCAGCGAUCCAGGAAUUUGUCACAGAGAAGAUCGGGAAGCGAUACAUUGAACCCCCACCGUUUGAUCUGCCCAAGUCAUACAACGACAGUAACAACUGUGCUCCCCUGCUGUUUGUGCUUUCCCCCGGUGCCGACCCUAUGGCUGCGCUGAUGAAGUUCGCUGAUGAUCAGGGAUUUGGCGGGGCCAAGUUUGAUUCGCUCUCCCUGGGACAGGGACAGGGCCCUAUCGCCCUGGCUAUGAUAGAAAAGGGUACGAAGGAGGGCACGUGGGUCAUGUUACAGAACUGUCAUCUCGCCACGUCCUGGAUGACAACACUGGAGAAGAUUUGUGAGGAGCUUAACCCUGAGACAACGCAUCCAGAUUUCCGCCUGUGGUUGACGAGUUACCCAUCCAACACAUUCCCCGUCUCCAUCCUGCAGAACGGAGUCAAGAUGACCAAUGAGCCUCCUAAGGGGCUCCGCUUUAACAUUAUGAGGUCGUACCUGUCCGACCCUAUCUCUGAUAUGGAGUUCUUUGGCUCCGUGGAGAAAAAUAAGCAUGCGUGGAAAAAGCUCCUGUUUGGGCUUUGUUUCUUCCACGGCAUCAUCCAAGAGAGACGUAAGUUUGGUCCCCUCGGGUGGAACAUCCCGUACGAGUUCAAUGAGACUGACCUGCGUAUCUCUGUCAGGCAGCUUAACAUGUUCCUUAAUGACUAUGAGGAUGUCCAAUAUGAUGCUAUCCGCUACCUGACAGGAGAGUGUAACUACGGUGGCCGUGUAACUGACGACCGUGAUAGACGAACCCUCCACAGCAUUCUUAACAAAUUUUACUGCACUGAUAUCAUAGAGAAUGACAAAUACUACUUUGAUAGCACCGGGCUUUACUUCGCUCCCCCAGACGGAGAGUAUGAGACUUACAUAGAGUAUAUCAAGCAAUUGCCCCACAAUGCCAAGCCGGGCAUCUUCGGCAUGCACGACAACGCAGACAUCACGAAAGACCAGGCUGAGACCAGGCUGCUAUUUGAGAACAUUCUUCUCACACAGGCUCGAGCCUCCUCAGGAGGUGGGAAAUCUACAGAUGACAUCGUAGACGAAGUUGCUGGUGACAUUGUCUCCAAGCUGCCACCCAACUUUGACACAGACGCGGUGUUGCGUCGAUUCCCGACCUCAUACAAACAGAGCAUGAACACAGUGCUCAUGCAGGAAAUGGUGCGCUUUAACCGUCUCCUAUCUGUUAUCCGAAGCAGUCUUGUCAACAUCCGCAAGGCUAUCAAGGGUCUGGUUGUGAUGUCGGCUGACCUUGAGGAGGUUGUCAUGAGCAUCUUGAAAGGCAAGAUUCCAGGCAUGUGGAUGAAGCGCUCGUACCCGUCCCUCAAACCCCUCGGAUCAUAUGUCAAUGACUUCCUCGCUAGGCUUGCAUUCCUGCAGGAUUGGUUUGAGAACCAGGCCCCAACGGUGUUCUGGCUCUCCGGGUUCUACUUUACACAGGCGUUCUUGACGGGUGCACAGCAGAAUUACGCCCGUAAAUACACCAUACCAAUCGACUUGCUCGCCUUUGACUAUGAGGUUCUCGACGACAAGGAGUAUACCACGCCACCGGAAGAUGGAGUGUAUGUGAAUGGCCUGUACCUUGAAGGAGCGCGCUGGGACCGCAAGACAAAACUGCUCGGAGAAUCCCAACCCAAGAUCCUAUUUGACCCCGUGCCUACGAUUUGGGUAAAGCCGUGCAAGCGUCAGGACCUGAGUGAGGAUAAUAUGUACCACAUCCCAGUAUACAAGACCAGCGAGCGCCGCGGCGUCCUCUCCACCACUGGUCACUCCACCAACUACGUUAUUGGCAUGCUCGUGCCCACGGACAAACCCGAAGACCACUGGGUACAGCGAGGGGUGGCUAUGCUCUGUCAGCUUGAUAAUUAGGUGUUACCUUAAUAUGCAGACUCUAUAAAUAUGAAAACAUUUGUGAUGAAAAAUUAUCAAGCUUACAGACCAUUUUAUUUUUUUUAUAAAUGCCACCACUUAAUCAAAAAUAAACGCUGAAUUAUUGUUCUGUAACCUCUGGAUACACAUUUCGGCUUUAUUUUUUCUAUUUAAUUUGCUUACACUUUUUUCAUAAAUGUAAACAUAAACCUCCCAAAAAUCCACAAAAAAACAAAACAUAUUCAUUAUCCUUUUUUUUAUAAAUACAUGAUUAUUUUUAGAAAUUUACGUAUCCAGAAACAGGGCACCCAGUUGGUAUUUGUGUUAUGUCCACUUGUAUAAAACAAUCCUCUUUGGAUUGCAAAUUGGUGUAGUGACCAGUUAAUUAUUUAUGUUUUUUCGUUAUUUUUUACUGUUGUUUUUUUUUGCUUCAAAGACACUGGUUUUGAUUGUUUGAGCUUAAUGCAUUUAUGUAUUUACAAGUGAUAUUUCAAGUAUUUCAACAAGACAUUAAUGCCAGAUCUUACUUAUAAUUAAAUUGAUGUAUUUACGUAUUUAAACUGUUAUUUUGCAUAUAAUUGUUUUUAUAUUCGUCUGUGAUAGCUUUAUCUGUUUCACAUAGCCAACAUGUUAUAAAAUAGAAAAAUUAAUUUUUAUAGAAACUACUAUUUUAUUAGGUACAUGCUCUAGAAAGCAUGUGAAUUUUGAUAAUUAACUAUCACUUUGUUUGAAAUACAUAAACCAAAUAAAGACUGUGACUACUUUGGAACAACGUGUUGCUAUUUGCUUAAAUAAGAUAUAUGUUCAUUAAAAUAAAUAUCAAUGUUUUCCUUCAACUGUUACUGCUGAUGUGAUAGUAUUACGUGACAUUCCGUCCUGGUCUUUUUAUAUGUAUUUAUUGUUUUCAAAUCUUCAAUAAAUUCUUUUGUGAAA